AUGAGUUGGCAUGAAAAGAAAAUGUAUAUAGCUUCAAUGGUGGAUAAGACACCUACAACUAGAAAAACUAAGAACUCAAAUUCAAGGCGCAGUGACACCAAAGUUUACUAUUUAAAAGUAAACGAUAAAAAGGAAAGAGUUUGCUUAAAAACAUUUUUGGAAACAUUGGGCAUAAAAGAAUGGACAGUUCGAUAUUGGCUAGGAGAGAAGACGACUAUCGACAAUGAAUCUGAACCAAGUGCUGUAGUAGCCACAGAAACAAAAAAAGAAUCAGCCAGAAAAUACUUGAUGGCGCUACCGAAACUACCGUCUCAUUACUGUAGACAAUCUACUUCAAAGCUAUAUUUAGAACCCAUCAUACAAACAAAAUCACAAUUGUAUCGUCUAUAUGUAGACUACUCAGUUUCGCGAAAUGAACCUGUGGCCUCUAGGAAGGUAUUUGAAGGGGUUUUAUUCGAAGAGAACAUCAGUCUAUUUCAACCAAAGAAAGACGCAUGCGACCAGUGCUGCGCUCACAAAGCAGGUAACAUGUCAGAUGAGCAGUAUAUAAAACAUAUUGAGCUAAAAGACUUAGCUAGAAUUGAAAAAACCCUUGACAAAGAAGCAGCACGGAAAGGGACGAUACAUGCAUUAACAGCAGAUCUUCAAGCAGUCAAAUUGUGUCCUUCACUCAACGCCAGUGCACUAUAUUUUAAGACAAAACUUGCCGUCCACAACUUUACAAUUUACAACCUGGGAACUAAUGGAGUCGCGUGUUACUGGUUCGACGAGACGGCAUGCGACUUAAAAGCUACUACAUACGCAUCAUUUCUUGUAGAUUAUUUAACUAAAUUACUGGAAAAUGAUCCAAAGGAUGUAGUAUUGUUCACAGAUGGCUGCACAGCCCAGAAUAGGAAUAAUAUUGUGUCGAAUGCGUUGUUGCGUUUGGCCAUGGCCAAGAACAUAGUUAUAACUCAAAAAUACUUGGAAAAGGGCCACACUCAGAUGGAAGUCGAUUCGGUGCACUCGGUGAUCGAAAGAAAAUUGAAAAAUCGAGAAAUAUUUCUACCCUCACAAUACGCAACAAUCACGAAGGAGGCCAGAAAAGUGCCGAGUCCUUACCAGGUUAUUACUCCUGAUCAUACAUUUUUUAAAAACUUUGCUCAUAAAGAUCACCUCAUUUAUGAUUCAAUAAGACCUGGUCGUGGGGCGGGUGAUCGUGUCGUCAUGGACAUAAGGGCCGUAAGAUACAGUCCUAGUGGGACAAUUGAUUUUAAACUCCACUUUGUAGACGAUUUUGUUCCUUUACCUAGGAGACCAAAAAAGAUAUUAUCUGACUCUUUAAUUGAUUGCGUAGGUCCAUUGUAUGAAUCCAGACAACCAAUAUCCAAAACAAAGUAUGAUCACCUACAGGAAUUGAAGAGUGUCAUACCUAAAGACUGUCAUAGUUUUUAUGAUAAUUUACCUUUUAAAUAA